GCGUCAGCCCACGGAGGAGAUGCGUGCCGCGGGGGGACUAGACUCCUCUCCGGCCUCUCCCUCCCCCAACAACCCCAAGGCCCCACGCAAACCUCCCCCAUCCCCACUCCUCCGGCGAAUCUCCGACGAUGCUCCCCCGCGCCGGCGCAUGAGCUUCCUCCGCGCGCUCGCGGACUCCCUCUCGUCGCUCCUCUUCGCGCCGCCGCCCAUGGACGCGGCGCCGUCGGCGGCGGCCGUGGUGGGGGAGCGCGUGGCCGUGAAGCUGCGCGGCUACUUCGAGCUGGCCAAGGAGGAGAUCGACAAGGCCGUGCGCGCCGAGGAGUGGGGCCUCCCCGACGACGCCGAGGCGCACUACCGCAACGCCCUCCGCGUCAUGCUCGAGGCCAAGGCCGCCCGCGUCCCCGACGCCGUCUCCUCCAGCGAGAGGGGCCAGGUGAGGGUGUACCAGGACAAGAUCGCCAAGUGGCAGACGCAGGUGGAGGAGCGGCUCAGGGUGCUCGGCCGGAGGAGUGGAGCGGCUGCACCAGUCCCUAAGAAGGUUGUUACAAACAAUCAAGUAAAUAGGCCUGAGAGACUAGCAUCAACUAGCUCCCGUAAGUCAGCUUUGCAGUCUAACCCCACCUUUAACAGAGGUGGUCAAGCAUCCUCUCAUCAGAAGAAUAGCGUUGGUGGAUCCAAGCCAGUGCAAAGAGCUGGUGGAAAGGAUGAUGACAAGCUUGUUGAAAUGAUAAAUACAACAAUCGUGGAUAGAAGUCCAUCUGUCAGAUGGGAUGAUGUUGCUGGUCUGGACAAAGCAAAGCAAGCACUCAUGGAAAUGGUUAUCUUACCUACUAAGCGAAGGGAUUUAUUCACUGGUCUUCGGAGGCCUGCGAAAGGGCUGCUUCUCUUUGGUCCUCCGGGGAAUGGGAAAACAAUGCUUGCCAAAGCUGUUGCUUCAGAAUCUGAAGCAACAUUUUUUAAUGUUUCAGCUUCUUCGUUGACAUCAAAGUGGGUAGGGGAAGCUGAAAAGCUUGUUCGGACACUUUUCAUGGUUGCUGUCGAGAGGCAACCGUCUGUUAUUUUCAUGGAUGAGAUCGACAGUGUGAUGUCAACAAGGUUAGCUAGCGAGAAUGAUGCAAGCAGGCGACUGAAAUCUGAAUUCCUUAUCCAGUUUGAUGGGGUGACAUCAAACCCAGAUGAUUUAGUAAUUGUGAUAGGAGCUACGAAUAAACCACAAGAGUUGGAUGACGCUGUUCUUCGAAGAUUGGUAAAAAGAAUAUAUGUGCCACUGCCUGAUCCAAAUGUACGGAGGUUACUUCUGAAAAAUCAGCUCAAAGGACAAGCAUUCAAAUUGUCCAAUCAUGAUCUGGAGAGGCUUGCUGUGGAGACUGAAGGGUAUUCUGGGAGUGACCUGAGAGCCUUGUGCGAGGAAGCUGCAAUGAUGCCGAUCAGAGAGCUCGGUCCACAGAAUAUUCUCACCAUUAAAGCAAACCAGCUGCGACCAUUGAGAUAUGAGGAUUUCAGGAGCGCGAUGACGGCGAUAAGGCCGAGCCUGCAGAAGAGCAAGUGGGACGAACUGGAGAAAUGGAACGAGGAGUUCGGCGCAAGCUGACAAGAGUAACGCUCCCUCCUGUUCACCAGACAGGUUUACUACUUUGGUCUGUAUAUAAAAUCCUCGCCGUAAUUAAAUGGCCCUCGGGCACCCGAUUUGUUACAACAAUGUAAAUGGCGUACAAGGAAAAUUCCUCUGGCUCAUGAGCUGUGUGGAUCGUUGAAAAUUACAUAUCAACUUAUCAUGUAUAAAAUCAGUGCCUACACAUGAUAUAAUGCUUAUGAUUUCAUCUC